CCAGAAUUGAAAGCAGACACAGGGGGAGAGCAGCUCCGUCCCUCCGGUUUAAGGAGGAGAGAGCCGGGCCGGGCUCCUUUUGUUUCCCGUUAGCCGGGCCCUCUCUGCUCCCCUCCUGCAGCCUACAGCGAAACUCCCCUUUCCUUGCAGCCUCUUUGGCUUCUCCUCCUCUUUAAAAGCCUUUCCCCCCCCCCAUGGCACUGUCUGCAGGGCUUUAAUCGCAAGUUUCGCUCUGCAAAGGGUCCCCGCAGAGGGUGGAGGGAGGAAGUCGGAGGUUCCCCGCUCCUCAUUGGCGAGGCAGCCUCCCCCCUUCUCCUCCUCCCCAGCUCUCUUUUAUUUAUACACGCACUCACACGCGUGCACAUCCCUUGGCCAGGGGCUCUGGGGUCCGAGCCGGCCGGACCCUGUGUCCCAGACGGGCUGGGGGCUGCAGGGAUGCGCUAGAGGAACAGAGCGAGGGCUUGGCUGCAGCCCAGCCCUGGCACAGCCCAGCCUCUCCUUUUGAUUUGAUUUGAUUUGGGCUUUUUCUCCCUCCCCUCCUCCCCUCCACUUCGUUUCUUCCCUUCCCUUCUCUUUCUCCUUUAAGUGGGAAAGCCUUGCCAGCUGGGGAAGGCUGGGAGGGCAGGGAGAGCCUCGGCACGCAGCAGAUAAAGAGUGCGGAGGAGGAAAGGAAGGAAUCUCGGGGCGGCCAGCGCCCGUGGGACGUGUGGCACAGGCGCUCGCCCGGUGGGACCCUGACCAAGGAUUCAGCCACCAAGCCAUGGAGCCCACCAUGGUGUGCCCUUCUCUGAAGACAUCUCUGUGGUUCCUCAUCCUCACUGGUCUGCUGGAGGUAGCAUCCGGAGCCAGCAGGCUGCACAUCGAACCUGGAGACAGUGAGCUUGUCCUCAGCUUCCACAGCACCUUCUCCCUGUUGUGCUAUGGGGACGGAGCACUGCUCUGGGAGCGGGAGGGUCAGCCUCUCACCGCAUCACUGGAGCACAGGGAUGGUGUCUUCGUCAGCAACCUCACCCUCAAGAACGUGACGGGCCGUCACACCGGGGAGUACUCGUGUACCUACAGCCCGGAGCAGGCUCCAGAGCCAGCAGAGAGGAAAGCCAUCUACAUCUAUGUUCCAGAUCCCUCCUUAGUCUUCCUUCCCACAAUGACCUCUGAAGAGCUCUUCAUCUUCAUCACGGGCUACACUGAGGCCAUCAUCCCGUGCCGUGUGACAAACCCACAGAUGCAGGUGACCCUCUAUGAGAAGAAGGUGGAGAACCCCAUCCCAGCAGCUUAUGACCCACAGCAGGGAUUCAGAGGCUUCUUUGAGGAUAAGACCUACUUCUGUCGGACAAUUGUGGAUGACCAGGAGGUGGAUUCAGACACCUUCUACGUCUACAGGAUCCAGGUCUCAUCCGUGAACGUCUCCAUCAGCGCAGUGCAGACCAUCGUGCGCCAGGGAGAAAAUGUUACCCUGAUGUGCACCGUGAGCGGCAAUGAGCUGGUCAACUUCAACUGGGAUUAUCCCCGCAAGCAGGCAGGGAAGACUGUGGAGCCAGUGACCGACUUCCUGCCCGGAUCCACCCACGAGAUCCGCUCCAUCCUCAUCAUUCAGAAUGCGGAGCUGGAGGACAGCGGGACCUACGUCUGCAACGUCUCUGAGGGCUACCAUGAGAAAACAGACCGCAAGGACAUCACGGUCCAUGUGAUCGAGCGUGGCUUUGUGCGCUUCCACACCCGCCUGCCCAGCACCGUGUACGCCGAGGUGCACAAGAGCCGCACCAUCCAGGUGGAGGUGGAGGCCUACCCACCACCCAGCAUCGUGUGGCUCAAGAACAACAAGACACUGACCAUGGAGAGCAGCAGCGAGUUCACCAUCACCAGCAGGAACCUGUCAGAAACCAGGUACCAGACGGGCCUGGUGCUGGUGCGGGUGAAGCAGGAAGAAGGAGGAUUUUACACCAUCCGGGCUUCCAAUGAGGAUGAUGAGCAGGAGCUGUCCUUCCAUCUGCAGAUAAAUGUGCCAGCCAAAGUGGUGCAUCUCAAGGAGAACAGCAGUGCCAGUAGUGGGGAGCAGACCGUGACGUGCUCUGCUGAAGGCAUGCCCCAGCCAGAGAUCAGCUGGUCUACUUGCAGAGACAUCAAAUGGUGCAGCACCAAGGGGAAGCCCACCCGGCUGCUGGGGAACGAGUCGGCAGAGAUCGGGCUGCAGACCAACGCCACGUACCAUGCGGAGCUGCAGGUGUACCGCGUGAACAGCACCCUGCAGCUGCACAGGGUGGACGAGCCCCUGCUCCUGCGCUGCACCGUGCACAACUUCCUGGGCACCAGCUCGCAGGACAUCACGCUCGUCCCGCAUGCCUUGCCGUUCAAGGUGGUCAUCAUCUCUGUCAUCCUGGCCUUGCUGGUCCUCACCGUCAUCUCCCUGAUCAUCCUGAUCGUCCUGUGGCAGAAGAAACCUCGCUAUGAAAUCCGCUGGAAGGUGAUCGAGUCCGUCAGCUCCGAUGGGCACGAGUACAUCUACGUGGACCCCAUGCAGCUCCCUUAUGACUCCAGCUGGGAGGUGCCCAGGGACAAGCUGGUGUUAGGACGCACUCUCGGCUCCGGUGCCUUUGGACGUGUGGUGGAGGCAACAGCCCAUGGCCUGAGCCAUUCCCAGUCCUCCAUGAAAGUGGCAGUCAAAAUGCUCAAGUCCACUGCCCGGAGCAGCGAGAAGCAAGCCCUCAUGUCCGAGCUGAAGAUCAUGAGCCACCUGGGACCUCAUCUCAACAUCGUCAACUUGCUGGGGGCCUGCACCAAAGGAGGACCCAUCUAUAUCAUCACCGAGUACUGCCGCUAUGGGGACCUGGUGGACUACCUGCACCGCAACAAGCACACCUUCCUGCAGUGCUAUGGGGAGAAGGCACGGCGAGAGGCAGAGCUGUACGGGAACACCCCCAAGGAGGACCACGUGCAAAGUCACCUCUCCUUGUCUGUCGAGAGCGAUGGGGGUUACAUGGACAUGAGCAAGGACGACUCCCUGGAUUAUGUGCCCAUGUCUGACAUGAAGGGUGAAGUCAAGUACGCCGACAUCGAGUCCUCUAACUAUGGCACCCCAUACGAGCUGGACAGCUAUUCCCCAUCAGCUCCUGAAAGAACAGACCGGGUGACACUGAUAAAUGAGUCUCCCCUCCUCAGCUACAUGGACUUGGUGGGAUUCAGCUUCCAGGUGGCCAAUGGGAUGGAGUUCCUGGCUUCCAAAAAUUGUGUGCAUCGUGACCUGGCUGCCAGGAACGUCCUCAUCUGUGAGGGGAAGCUGGUGAAGAUCUGUGACUUUGGCCUGGCACGAGACAUCAUGAGGGAUUCCAACUAUAUCUCCAAAGGCAGCACCUUCUUGCCCCUGAAGUGGAUGGCUCCUGAGAGCAUCUUCAACAACCUCUACACCACCCUGAGUGAUGUGUGGUCCUUUGGGAUUCUCCUCUGGGAGAUAUUCACUCUAGGGGGGACUCCAUACCCUGAGCUGCCUAUGAAUGAACAGUUCUACAAUGCCAUCAAACGUGGCUAUCGGAUGUCCAAACCCACCCAUGCCUCUGAUGAAAUCUAUGAUAUCAUGCAGAAGUGCUGGGAGGAGAAGUUUGAGAUCAGACCAUCCUUCUCACAGUUGGUGGUGCUUAUGGGAAACCUGCUGGUGGAUUGCUACAGAAAGAGGUACCAGCAGGUGGAUGAAGAGUUCAUGAAGAGCGACCACCCCGCUGUUGUCCGCACAAGACCCACGAUCCCCAGGCUGAACAACGCCAGGAUCACAGCCAGCUCCCCCCCCGGCAGCAUCCUCUACACCUCCGUGCACCAGAACGGGGGUGAGAACGAUUACAUCAUCCCUCUGCCCGACCCCAAACCAGAGGCGGUUUGUGACCUCCCUCCGGAGGCCUCCAUCAGCCGGGCCAGCUCUAUGCUGAACGAGGCCAACACAUCAUCUACAAUAUCCUGUGACAGCCCCCUGGGCCUCCGGCAGGACGAGGAGCAGGAAUCUGACCCACAGCCAGGCUGCCAGGAGCUGACCGCAGGACACCAAGAGGUGGAGGAGAGCUUCCUGUAGUCAGAGCUGGGCUGCCUCUGCAUCCCCCUAUGGAGAGGCCAGCUGAGGGGCUGACCCAGAUGUCACAAGAGCCAUGCUGUGUCUGUACAUCGGGACACCCCUGCCUGCCCCAGCAUCCCUCCUUCCCUCCUGUCUCCCAGCGCUGGGUGGGGAAUCGACUUUUCCCCAUUGCCAUCCCCUUUCCCCUUACAAAGAGGUGGCUCACUGCUAGCAACCUUCCAGAUCACUGCCACAUCCUCCUCGGUGAUGAAACCACUGCGGGAGGGAGACAUCUCACAAACCAACAUCUUCUUUUCAAGCGGAAGACAUGGGUUGGUUCUCCACAGGAGACACCACUUUCUGCCUUACUAAGAUGAUACUCCAGCCUCUUCCCCCUCCACGGCGGUGGGUUUCAUCUCCUCUGCACCAGCACUUCUCUGACGGUCUCAGCACCAGCCACACUGUGGUUCUGUGAAAUGCCAGCGGGAUGGAUGAUGUGCCUGGAGUCUGUUGCUGGGGCGCAGAGAACCUCUAACACCAGCCUUCAGCUGCUGGAGAUCAAGAGUACAUUGGGUAGAUUCUCCUCCAAGCACAGCCAAGUCCUGGGGAGAACAGCCAGUGUCUCAGAUACCCAAUCACCAUCUUCCCUUCUUGACAGCUCUUCUGUGGUGGACAGAGCAUCACAAGCACUACAGGUACCCAUGGCUCUGGGGCACAGCUCUGCACCCAUCUAGAGGGGCGGUCACACCCUGAAGCCUUUUGUGCCCUGCAUGGCACCAAGAGCCCCAUGGGCAUGCCAGGAACUCAGAAUGCUCUCACAAUGACUCUGUUGUUGUAGCAAAGAGGGCAGUCCAGUGUUGUUCAUGUUGUCUGUGUGGACACUAAGCUAAUUAUUCUCUAUUGAAGAUUUAAAGGGAACAAGUACAUUAAUCCACUAGCCAGGGCCAGUAUAAGAAGCAAUAUGGCUACUCAUUAAUCUACUGCCACAAAGCCCAGCUCAUCCGCUGGGAAAUCAUAUAACCCUGCCAGCUGCAAAACGUUUGUGCCUUAUCCUUGGGAAGCAAGGGAUCCCUUUUGAUCCCUGUUCACUCAAACACCCUUUCUCAGGAUGGGAGGUCUCACCAGUCCCUCCUGUGUCAUAGCAAGACUAUGGGGAGCAAUAAAGAUGCCAGAACACCAACCCAGGGGUAUGUUAAAAGAGAGAUAGGGAAAGAGACUGGGAAAUGUUUGGUCACAGCCUAACUGGAUCUCACACCCUGUCACUUUCUGGGGGCCAGACGUAGCCAUUUACUGGGCUGUGGAUGAAGUGCCAUGGGCAACCAAGCAGGGCAGGAGGAACCAGGGAGGAUUCCUCCCCCUUGGAGAGCGGUUUGAUGAAUAAAAGGGCAGAGACCUUCCUCCUGCUUCUCACCUCCUUCCUCACAGGCAGGUCUGGGAUUAUAGCUCUCAAGCAGGCACUUGAAUGAGGAGACUCAAAGCAGGGGGAACCCCAGGCUUUUCAAACCAGUUGUGAGCAAACCUCUUGCAGAGAUGGAAGCUGGGCCCCAAAAAGCAGGUCUGACACCACAGAAACUGGCAGGGCUUUUUCUUGCAUGGAGCUCUGCUUGCUGCAUGCCCCCACUCCCAUUAACCCCUCCGUUUAUGCACCUCUGUGCAUGCAGAAGCUGCACAGGCAGGUUGACAGAUUCAGAAGUUCCCUCAGCAUCUUGCUGGGCUUCUGCCCCCUCAGAGCCACUGAGAUUUCUUUUUACUUCAACAUAACUUCUGCCAGAAACCCCCAGCAAAACAGCUUCUGUUUUAAGUUGUCUGUCGUUGCGAUGCUGCCAUUUGUGCAGCUCAAAGAGGAGUAGGUGUUUUGUGGGCUGAUGUCCUUGCUAAGAUGUGAACAUAAGGAAUAGCACUUUUAUUGGCAGGCAGUGGAGUGUAUUUUCAGCUCAUGUGGUCAGAUUCCCCACCAUCCGUAGGAAACACACUGUGAAUAACAACUGUUUUUCCAUGCUCUGUUCCUCCUGCUUGUAACGAAGGAACCAUCUUCUGUGGCUACAGUUCAUGAAACAACCCCGACCGCAGAGAAGCAGUAACUUAUCAGACCCUUAGGGUCAGACCACUUUAUCUGUGUAAGGUGCUUGGUAAGAUCCAUGUCGCUGCAAAUUGAGCCCAUAGGAUGGCACAUCAGAUCAUCCUAAUAGCCCCUGUCUGCACCAGCUCCGUUUUCAUUUGUCAUUCUCUAUUAAGGGUGACCAGAAGUACUCAGUACUCCAGGUUAGGUCAAAUCUAGACCUCACAUAGGGCAUUAAUAGUUCUGGUCUGUACUGGAUUUGGCUUGCCUGGUGUAGCUGUGGGUAAUGUUGGCCUUUUCCCAGCCACAACAUACUGGCUGUUUGGAGUCAUCCUCUGACCAGUCCAUGCACCUACAUCUUUCUGUUCCUCCAGCGUUUCUAACCCAGCUACUCCCCGCUGGUCCAGACAUUGGGUCAUCAGCACAUUUUGUUAACAAACUGUUAUUUUUGGGCUGGACUGACUAAUAAAAAUACUAAGUACUUGUAGCAUCCAGAGCAACACUAGAGAGCUGCUUUUGCUACCUCUGUUCAGCCCAAAGAUUUCCCCAUCAGUUAACCCUUUCUCAUCCUCCCUUUGGCCAUUUACUUUUUUACUUCACAAAUCCCACACUAAACUCCACCUUGUACAGAUUAAUUAUUAAUUAAAUUAGUAAUUUCCCAUUACCAAAUAGUUUCCACCGUGCUGAAGCAAGGAGAUCUUUGUCUUCUUGCUGGGGGAACUCAGGUAUCCUGUCCUAUUAGCUGGGCAUUACCCCUGGAUGCCUAUUUGUAGAUGUAUUGCAACUAUUAUUUCCAUCAAAACCUGUUGUGGCUGCUGACAUGGUGCUAACCCCCUUCCCUCCUCCUCCUUAAAGCAGGUACACCAGACUCUUUGCUAAACAGUGCAAUUCUCCAGAGAGACAGGACCAAAUAUCUGCCUUUGGCCAAGUCUUGCACUUUGUGGUACUGCCCUGUCCCUACUCAACUCUUCCCAUCAUCACUUAGAGCAUGCACACUGGCUGCAGCGAGCAGAUCUCUACCAGGCUGGCAGUGGGCAAAGCCAGCAUCUUUUGCUAAGCAUCCCUGUGACUCUCCUCUAAGAGAAGGCUUGGUAAAAGUGAGGCUUACAGCAGCCCCCAGACAAGCUCUCUCUGCUGCCAUCAUUCCAGUCCCUAUGUGUCCCAAAGGGUGAGGACCAGGAGAAGGGGUCGGCUGUUCUGCACCCAUCAGUUUUGCAGCCAUAAUUUCCCCGGUGAGGCUCCAAAGGGAAUCAGUCCCUCUGGGUUUCUAGUUUCAGUGAUCAGCAUUUUUAUUUGAGUAUGUUUUUGUGUUUAGAGGUGGACCCAAACUGACACCCCCCCCAAAAAAAAGGGACACAUCUUGCACAGCUUGGGCCCAUCUCUCGUGCAAUAUCUUUUAUGCGUAGAUAUGUAUUUUACUCUGCAGGUGUCACGUCGUUAUCAGCACCAGUAUAUGCAUAAUCCUACCGCCAGUCACUAUUUCAUACGUACCUACAUGUAUCCCAGAAACUAAUGUGGCACUUUGGUGUCUCCUUCCACAUGUAAGAUGCUUCUCAGACUGUGCACGGGUUUUAACCCUUUUGUCCUUCUUGGUUUGAGCGUGUUACCCUGUUUUUAAGCGCGAGUGUCACGUUUAGUGUUUGUGUGUGUCAUGUAAAGAGAUGUAGAGCACAGCGGACUUUA